UGUAUUGAGAUCGAAACAUCUUUACGUUUAUCAUUCAUCAUAUUCGUUUAAAUGAAAUGUUAUUACAGGCAGUCCUCCGUUUUGCCUAAGCGAUGAUCUCAGCAAUGGCGUUUGUUCGGCGAUAGAAAACUUCUUCGGUUUUGCGCCAUUCCAGCAGGUUGUGAACGUUUUUGCGGGUGCAUUGACCGCAUUCACGAAUAUACUGCAGAUACAAGAGAUUUUACUCUAUGUCACUCAAUCAUUUGGACAAAAUCCGCUUAAUACAACGGACUAUGAAUCAAUGUCAAAGUCCUUUAACUUUAUUAUAUUCCAUCCAAAUAACGCCGAAGAACCACAAAGCAUAAGCUCAACAGAUGUAUUGAAAAGCUGCGAUGCAUUGAAACUAAAGGGAUACUCUGUAAAAUUGGUUUGGCCUGGCUAUGGAGACAACUGUAAUGGAAGCAAUCCCAUAGAAACAAUUUUUGAGUGGACACCAGCUGAUAUGCAGCUUUAUGCGGACAUAUCGAAUUCGACGAUAAUGGCAGUUGAUUGGGGCUUUGCCGGUCUAUCAUGCUACGGUUAUAUUCAAAUAACUUUGUGUUUAAUUAGUAAAAUUGCUGAUUUCUUCGCUCAUCUGUUGAGCAAUUGUGUGGUUGUAGAGGAAAUGGAGCUAAUUGGUCACAGCAUUGGGUCUCAGUUGAUUGGAUAUGUUGCACAGCACUUAAAAUCUAGAGGACGUCAAGUCAAGUCAAUUUUUGGUCUUGAUCCCGCUGGUCCUGGUUAUGAGUUCGGUCUUCGUUGCCAAGGCAUUCAAACGGGAUGUGCCAAGUAUUCAAUGGUGUUCCACUCAAACCCAUGUCAAUUAGGAACGUGUGAUUUCUCUUUUGGCGAUGUCAAUGUUCUCCUUAAUCCGACUAGUACAUAUUGUCAGCCCGGUUGCCCAUGCUUCCUGAAUCCUGGAUGUUCACAUUCUUACGUUUUACAAGUGUUUCGGGAGCUAACACAGAAAGAUCCACUCUUUUCCACAUAUACAGCAUUCCAUCCAGCAUUGCCCGGCUUAGGCGAACCGGCCAUAGUCACAAUAUAUGAUUAUAUGAAAUCCGGUUACUAUGUUAUGAACACAUACAGUUGA